AAUAUUGGUCCUGGACUUCUUUCUAUAAUAAUUAUUUUUCAAUUGUCAUAAAAAAUUGCAAAUGAUUGAACGUGCAAUUCGCACAGAGAUCUAUCAAUGUGAUAUAUAAUCAGAUUUGUAUUUAUGACGCAUAUUUUUUGUGUACCAUACUAGAAUUUUCAGACUUGCUCUUAUGUGUCUAUGAAAAAUAUUCUCAGCACUUUACAUUCUAUACAUAUAGCAGGCAUGCGUUGAUGCUGAAGAAAUUUACCACUUAUCUAAUUUUGCAUCUAAAAAAUCACUAAUAUUAAUUUCAGUAGCAAGCUUAAAAAAAAGAAGACCCUUUAUUCAUAUCGUUUAUCAAUAAAAUAGUUUAAUUUACAAUAAAAUUUUCAUUAAAGAGCUCAAGUCGGUAGUACAUUGAAACCGAGUACAGAAUGAAGAUUGUUACAUAUCGAACGCGCGUUGAGGUUGGUAGAUUUAAGAUAAACCGGUUACUCAUCGGAAAAGCCGACGCCCGCGUCACAAUGGGCAUCGUCCAGGCGCUUAUCAAGAGACGCGACCAGCUCUUGGCGACAACCUCGGACAACCUGGAGGAGCCGCCGUGCGUUCCCUGUUUCGAAGAGGUGGACAGGAAGCCCGGUAAUCCCAGCAGCUUCGAGGAUCUUCACGCGAAAACCAAGGAGCUCUAUCCGCAGAACUUCGAGGGCGCGUACUUGCUGCUGCGGAAAUGCCUGAGCAAGCACUUCAACGUGACUUACAGGCUGACCCUGAGCUCCGUGACGCCGUACGGCCUCAAGUUCGGCGUGAAUUACGUCGGCACCAAGCGAGUGGGACUCACGGAGAAGUACCCGGUGAUCUCGGGCGAGAUCACGCCCAGCGGCAACAUGAACGCCAGCUUCGUGCACACGCUCGGCUGCAGAUACAGAUUCAAGCUCGCUACGCAGAUCGUCGACAAGAGGUACAAGACGUUCAGUUCCGGCCUGGAGUACCGCUCGGACGACUGCACCCUCGCGCUCACUCUGGCGAAUCCGGAUCUAACGAGAAUGCACGGCACGCUGGUGUUGCAUUAUCUGCAGGCGGUGACGCCGAGGAUCACCCUCGGCACGGAGAUCGCGUGUCUACGUGGCUCUCUGAUACCCGGCGGCCAGCAGACGGUGAUGUGCGCCGCGUUCCGGCACAGCACCGGCCCCACCACGCUGUCCGCCACGUUCGGCGAGGCCGGUAUCCACGUCUGCUACCAUCGGAAGGCGAGCGAGCAGCUGCAGCUCGGCGUCGAGAUCGAGACGAACACGCGGAUACACGAGUCCGUGGGCACGAUCGUGUACCGCAUCGACAUCCCGUACGCCGAUUUCAUCUGCCGGGGAUUCGUCAAUUCGGAGACCAGCAUAGGCGCCGUGUUCGAGAAGAGGCUGCACCCGAUCCCCGGGGCCUCGUUAAUUAUAAGCGGCUUCCUCAAUCACAAGAAGCAGCAGUUCCGCGUCGGCGUCGGCUUGAACGUUGGCUAACGGCGUACCUUCAUUCCUGACCAGGUGCACAAUACUGCAAAUUUUGGAUAUUCUCUCAGAGACGCUGCCUUCUCCUCGUAGAAUCUCAGGAGCCUUUAUUUCGCGUAUCUCGCGAUAUCGUUCGGAUAGGGUGAAGAUAAGUCGAAAUAGAAAGUUUCAUGUCCCUGAUUCAGUUUAGAGAAAAUUAUUCUCCAAAAGUCUGUUG